AUGCGUUCUCAAUUAGAGUAUGCUCAAAAUGAUGUAAAUCAAGUUGUUCAAAUAAUGAAAGAAAAUAUUGUUAAGGUAAUUGAUCGUGAUGAAAAAUUAACACAUUUGGAUAAACAAGUUGAAGAUUUAUCAAAUGAUGCCAUGCAAUUUCAAACAAAUGCAAGACAUGUUAAACGUAAGCAAUGUUGGAAAAAUGUUAAAAUGUGGAUUAUACUAAUUAUUUUAUUACUUGUUAUUAUCAUCGUUGUUGUUACUCUAACAGUCACCCUAGUAAAUCAACGAAAUAAUGAUAAUAACAGUGGUACAGGAAAGUAG